CGCACAAUAUCGCUUUCUCCUACUGGCAUUCGUACACUCUAUAUCCUUGUCACACACUAUCGCCCUCUCUUUCCACUGGCAUUCGUAUACUCUAUCCUUGUCGCACAGUGUCGCCAUCUCUUUCUACCAUUGCUCAUGUCGCUCCUUUAUGAACAAUAUUUAUCCUUAAUAUUUGGAUAAGUCAUGUGCUGCCAUCUGUCGAACAUGGAAAGAACAGCAGGUUAAGGCAUUUAUGAACAGAGGGCAGUACAUGACUUAUCCAUAGACGGAAAUUUUAUUACUCGGAUAAGUCAUGUCCUGCCAUCUGUCAAACAUGGAAGGAACAGCAGGUUAGAAUACUUAAGGACAGAUGGCAGAACAUGAUUCGUCCAUAGAGUAGAACCGCAAUAUUGUGCGACAAGGACAGACAAUCGCGUGCCAAUAGAAAGAGACGGCGAUACUGUGCGACAAAGAUAGAUGAUACGAGAAGUGGUAGAAAGAGAUGGCGUUACUAUGCGACGAGGACAAACGACACGGACGGUGUCAAACAAAGAAAGCGAUACAAUCGUAAUAAGGACAGAUAUAUAUAUUUUGUGCUAGACGAAGAGAGCGAUAAUAUGCGAGAAAAGUAAAUGAUAUGAAGAAUGUUAGGGGAUAAGUGUCAGUGUGCAAAGCGGCUAUUUUUAAAUGUAUAUUUUCAAAUUAGUUUUUUUAUUUACUUCCCAAGAAGAAUAACAUAAAAUAUUAAUAUUGUUAAGUGGAAAAAAAUAAUUAAAAUUAUUACUGAGGCGCCAAAAUUAUUUAUUAUACAUAUACGUAAUAUAGGCGAAAUAUAUCUAAUUCCUAUUAGUUAAAGGAAUAAAUUAUAAAAAGUGACAAAACGGUUCGAGAAAAUUGUUAAACACAAUUACGAUUGUUGGUAAUAGUGGGAAACCAUAUGUGUUAAUCAUAUUAUCUUAUAUUCAGUUAUAAAUACUCUUUUUGAUGUAAUUAUUCGAAUUGCUGUAUUUUAAGAAAGCUCAAAAAGUAUUUAAAAAAUUCUUAUUAUAUUUAAAAACCAAUAUGGCUUGUUUGAACGAUGAAAAAGCAGAAGCAAUAAAACUUGCCAAAGAAUAUCAGCAACAUUAUUAUGAACUGCUUCCUGAUUGGUUUUUAUAUGAUUCUGAAAAUUAUGAACUUAUAAGAUAUAAGAUCGGAUAUGCUUUGUUUGGUCUUCCUAAAGUUGAUAAAGGCAUAGAAAUAUCAGCCACCUGCGAAAGUGAAACAUUGGGCAAUAAUCAGGAGAAUGAUAUAUUUAGUAAAAUAGUGUACGAUAAGAGAAUGUGUGAAGUUAUAGAUACAAUAUAUCAACAGAUAAUGAAGUUUGGAAGAGAUAAAGUGGAUAGUACUAUUUAUAUUGGAAUUAUAUUUAACGUAAUACUUUUACAAGCAGAUAUAAAGCAAUCCAAUAAAAAAAAUGAUAAAUCAAACAAUGAAUCCAAUAACAUAAGUAGCGUACCAAUAUUUAAGCUAAAAACAAAAACAUAUGGUAUAUCUUAUAUUGACCAUGAAGCUAGAAUGUAUAAAACUUGGAAUGAUUAUGUAACAAAUAAUACAUUGCCUCAGUGUACUAUGAUUUUACCAAAAAAUGGUUUGUAUCAGUAUGAUCCAAAUUAUAAAGUUACAGAAUAUAUUUCAACUGCAUGGAUUCAUAUAUUAGACUCACCUGCUUGUACUGUUAAAACUAAAGUUCUUAAGGGUAUUGAUAUAACUGCAAAUACAUUGUCUGUAGCUACUACUAUAGGAUUUGGAGUUGCUAGCAUGUUAACACCUAUUGCACCAACUGUUUUUGCUGCAGGUCUUAUUCAAAGUGGCAUAUGUGGAACAUGGAUUAUUGCAAGAAAUUCUCAUAAAUUAGUAGAUUUUGCCAAGCACAAACAAUCCAUUAUUCCUACAAAUAAGAAAGCAUUUCCUGCCUGGCUUGGAAUAGGUAGUACAGCCUUAUCGUUAGGAGCAAAUGGAGGAACUAUGCUCCUCUCUAAAGCUUUUGAAAAAAGCAGCUCCGUAGGUGUUGCAGCUAAAGCAGCUUACAAUUCUCUGAUAUUAAGUAAUUUAUCAAUGAAUGGCAUUGGUAUAGUUUAUCAAGGAUAUUGUUUAAUUGACAAAUACAAAACAGAAAGGGACGUUGAUUUUUUGGAUAUAGUUAUAUUCACUUCGCAUGUUCUGUUCUUUAGUAAUGCCCUAUUAAACACCAGACUGGCUGGUGAACUCAUAGAAUCAUCUAAAGGUACCAUUUUUGAAAAAUUUAAGGCUGCUUUGAGAAUCAGUCGUCUAAAGGAAGAGUUUGAUAAAAUGAAUGCAUACACUGGUAAAGAUACACAAAGUAAAUCUGAAGGCAUUGUAUACAAAAUAAAGCAAUUUACCAACAAAGAAGAUUUCUUAUAUGGUUUGAAUAAAUUAAGCUGGAGAGAGAAAUUUCCAAUAAAAUAUCAAAAUAAUAACAUUGUGAUAAAUAAUAGAAUAUUCAUAGAUCCUGUUCAGUUCACAGGACAUUUACUGACAAUUGGCACAGUCGCAUUUAAUUUAAUAAAUUCAGAUUCGCCAAUAGCGUCCAAAGAAAAAAACGAUGUGAUAAUUAAGCUAAAACUUUUACUUAGACAAUUAUUAAAAGAUUUUUACGUAGAAUCGAACGAUGAACAGAUGCCUGAUAUUAAUUACUUUAAUAAUAUUUUGCAAGAAAUGAAAUACUUGGAUAACGCGAUGGAUGUACUGACUAAGUGUUUUAAAAUUACUAUGGUUAUAGUAGAACAUUGCAAUGAUCCCAAACAGUUUUUAUGCGAAGCUAUUUAUUUCUCCUGGACGUAUUGUAAAGCAAAUUUAAAAGAAUAUGUUACAAAUCUUAGCUCCGCUCCGAAAAAUAGCAUAUUCCAUGCAUUAGCGAAGAUUGUUACAUUUUUAUACGAAUGCAUCGAGGCAAUAGGGAAUGAAUUAUUCUCAGCUUUUUACGCGUACAUGAUGAAUACAAAACUAGCUGUUGACAAUCAGUAUUGCUCAUCGCUGUAGUGCUGCCUUUAGUAAAAUAUCUUAUUUCUGUUUCAUUAUUUAGAAUAACGGAAUAUUCAAUUAUUACUUUAUAUUGCUUUAUUGAUGGUAUUAUUUUAUGUUAGAGGGAAGAAUCUGAUUGAUAGAGUUUAAUUGUUAUUUAUUGUGAAGGAAUUUAAGUGUUAUUUAUUAUAUUGUUAAUAUUUAUACAUUUAUAAGAACUCGAUGUAACAACUUGAAAGUGGAUAAAUAAACGAGAAGGAUCGUAAGGAAAUCUUACUUCUUGCACAGAA